AUGAUCUCCCUUCUCCCCCCGGGCAGUGAGGCGGUGGUGAAGUUUGCCAACGGUGACGGGAUAGGCCGCUACAACAUCUUCAGCUACCAGCACUCCGGCGAUCGCUACGGCUACGUGCCGGUCGGGGAGUGGGCGGAGACUCUGAGCCUGAGCAGCGAUCUGAUUCGAUGGCCCCGGGAGGUAGUCCCCACCUCGCAGUGCAGCGACCCGUGUGCUCGCAACGAGAUGAAGAUGCAGGCGGGGGAGUACUGCUGUUGGAUCUGCACGGCCUGUGAGCCUCAUGAGUUCCUGGCGGACGAGUUCACCUGCUCCCCGUGCGCACCAGGCCAGUGGCCAAACGACGACCUCACUUCCUGUUAUGACCUGCCCGAGGACUACAUCAUGUGGGAAGACGCCUGGGCCAUCGGGCCAAUCAGCAUCGCCUGCGUGGGGUUCAUGUGCACGGCUCUGGUCUUCUGGGUGUUUGUGCGCCACAACGACACGCCCCUGGUCAAGGCCUCAGGCAGGGAGUUGUGUUACAUCCUGCUGCUGGGAGUGUUUCUGUCCUACGCCCUGACCUUCUUGUUCCUGGCCAAACCCUCCCCCGCCAUCUGCGCCCUGCGACGCCUCGGCCUCGGGACCUCGUUUGCCGUCUGCUACUCCGCCCUGCUCACCAAGACCAAUCGAAUCGCCCGGAUCUUCAGCGGGGUGAAGGAUGGGGCCACCAGGCCGCGCUUCAUAAGCCCCUCCUCUCAGGUGUUUAUCUGUCUCAGUCUGAUCUCUGUCCAGCUGGUCAUGGUCUCAGUGUGGCUGCUGCUGGAGGUUCCUGGCACCAGACGCUUCACGUUACCAGAGCGACGGCAGACCGUCAUCCUCAAGUGCAACGUGCGCGACUCCAGCAUGCUGCUGUCGCUCGGAUACGACGUGCUCCUGGUCAUCCUGUGUACUGUGUACGCUUUCAAGACCAGGAAGUGCCCAGAGAACUUCAACGAGGCCAAGUUCAUCGGAUUCACCAUGUACACCACCUGCAUCAUCUGGCUGGCCUUCCUUCCUAUCUUCUACGUCACGUCUAGUGACUACAGGGUGCAGACCACCACCAUGUGCAUCUCAGUGAGCCUGAGUGGCUUUGUGGUCCUUGGCUGCAUGUUUGCUCCCAAGGUCCACAUCAUCAUGUUCCAACCGCAGAAGAACGUGACCAGCCACAGACUCAACCUCAACCGCUUCAGCGUCAGCGGUCCCGCCACCACCUACGCUUCACAUGCUUCAGUGAGUGCCAACUAUGUUCCCACCGUGUGUAACGGGAGAGAGAUCGUCGACUCCACCACUUCCUCUCUGUGACAGCCCCUCCCUCUUCACUGUCCAACCCCACGAGUCUAACCUGCGACUGUUAGCCAAUCCGCACACAUUGUGCUGCCCGCCCUUCCUCUUAUCCCCCCCCCCCACACUCCUCCCUCCCACACACACACACACCUCUGCCCAUCCUCUCCACCCCUCCCCAUGGAGUAGAUCUGUACCGUUUGACCGUCUGUAGAAAGUGUGUAUCUAUUGAUCAAAGUUAUUUUCUAGGGAUGUAAAUACAUGGAAUCUACGUUGUUGUAAGUAGAGAAACAAAAGAACAAACAAAAAAAAAGAAUAUUUCUAGGAGGAAAUUUUUGGAGCCUUUGUUUUUGAUAGCUUUGUUAUGACACUGUGUACAUAAACAGAAGCUGUGUCUUGUUAGGAGGGUGAUUUGGGUAUGAAGCACUAGGGGCCCUGCCCACCUCACCUGCAAUAUCCCACAGACUUUUUAUUCUCGUGCAUUUUUGUAGGUCUCAUUGUAAUAAUCGAUUCAGUAUGCA